AUGGAAAUGACUAUUAAUGCAAAUGUUAUUAAUCACGGAGAAAAUAAAGAAAACUAUGAUCCUUCUUCAAAUACUUUUUCACAAAACGGCACUGGUGGUGUUCUUCGCCCAACACAGAAAAUUAGGCAAACUCGGUCACAAGUGCAUGGCCGUCCUCCAUUGUUGGAAAUUCCCGUGAAUAAUUUGAGAGGAAGGAAUAAUGAAUUAAGCGAAAAUGUGUCUGAUCGUAAUGCUACAGCUAUACCUCAAGUAAUGAAUAAUCGUAGUUUAACUCAAGUUGGUUCACAUGUUUUUCGUGUUAGAAGUGAUUAUAUUAGAAGUCAACAAAUUAUUGGACAAAGAAGUGUCGGGAGGACAUCAAUUGGCCGUCGUAAUAUCCAUGCAUCAAUCAAUGAUGAUAUUCGACGUGAUUUCAGGCAAAGAGCCGCAAUCAACUCUAUUAACAUUAAUACAUCACAACCAAUUAUCAAUUAUGAUCAUGAUCAAUCUGCGAUUUUUCACCAAAACCUUCAAAUUAAUAGAAAUGUCAAUGGUAAUGAACAGUCUGGUACUGAUGUUAAUCGCGGAAGAUUAACUACUGAGUCCGCUUUGUUAUUUGAAAAUGAUAUUAUGAUGGAUUCAAACUCGUUACACUCUCAAGGUAUGGAAAUCGAAGAUUCUCAAGAUAUGGAUAUUGGUUCCUCUCUUCCAUGA